UUGCUUCUCUUCUCUCGCCCGACGUGUGGCGUCAACGCAGCCCACUUCUCAUUCCCGACUCACGGUCUGGCCCCUUCUUCGCCGACAACGCUCCAGCGACAUCCACUCUCUCAUCGACGACCGCCCAUCCCUACACACCUACUGCGACAACCUCAUCUAGCUAGGACGUCUUGUACGUUCCUUGUCAUCGCCAACCCCCAACCUGUCCACCGCGCCCGAUGAGUGACAGAAUGCGGCCGGAGGACUCUCAGUCUCGUCCCCAAAACGCAAACAGCCGAUCAUCACGACACUCCGACUCGGACCAAAAUCGCUCCUCUUCUGAACAGAUCCGUCCGUCAUCGUCCCUAUGGCCAGGCGCCGACCAAUCGCGGAAUUGCCGCUCCCCUCUUGAUCCGCUGAGCCCCGACGUAGCCGAUCGCGUCUUUCCCAUUCGCUCUGUCGUGUCCGUCGACCCCAACGCUACUCCGUCGCAUCGAUCAGACAACGGCAGCAAUAGUUACUUUACCCACCAAAAUCAACAAGGAAGAAGGUUCUCUGUCACGAGCGACUCGGAACGCAAGGGUCCUAAUGGCACACCAAAGACAAAGUCAACUUCCUCUACUGCUUCUCGCUCAGACAACCCUCAAGACCGCCACGUCUCGAAUCCUGCAAACCCACCGCACAGGCACCCUGCUCAGUUGUUCAACGAACUCGCUUCUAGCAGAGGCGAGGACGACAACGCGACCUUACGUUCUACCGACUCCAGGGACACUAGAGGCACUCGAUAUACCCGACCGUCAGAUCGCGCGGCGUCAAUAAAGAGUAUGGGUGCGGACGACAACGGUGCAGGCUUACUCACUGCUCGGUUCAAGCAUGUUGUGUCUGAGGGUGGCCAUGCUAUCAUCACGGGCAGAGACGGUGACACAUUGCAGCGCUGCGAAGAUGAGCCUAUUCAUAUUCCGGGUGCCGUCCAAGGCUUCGGUCUGCUGAUAGCCCUGGAAGAAGAGAGUGAGGGAAAGUUGAUUGUCCGAGUGGUCAGCGAAAACUCAAAGAGACUUAUUGGCUACACGCCAAAGCAAUUGUUUGCUCUCGACAGCUUUACCGAUAUUCUCUCCGAAGACCAAACCGACAACCUCUUGGACCAUGUCGACUUCAUCAGAGACGAGGAUGCUGACGUAAGUUCAAAUGGCCCCGAGGUCUUCACUAUGUCAAUACGCACUCCACAGCGAAAGCUCCAGAAGUUGUGGUGUGCUAUGCACAUCACCGACAAGAAUCCUGGCCUCAUCAUCUGCGAAUUCGAACUCGAAGACGACCCUGACUUCCCCUUGGUUCCUGCUAACGAAGGCACGCCCGACCUUCCUGAAGACACACUCAGCUCGAAUCCUUCAGCAGACGAGUUUGCUGAAAGUACGGAAAUUGCCAGCAAACCGCUUCGUGUGCUAAGAAGUGCCCGCAAACGCAAGGGAGAAGCCGCUGCUAUGGAGGUCUUCAACGUCAUGUCGCAGGUCCAAGAACAGCUUGCUUCCGCCCCCAACCUGGACAAAUUCCUCAAAAUUUUGGUCGGCGUUGUGAAAGAGUUGACUGGCUUCCAUCGUGUUAUGGUCUACCAAUUUGACGCUCAGUGGAACGGUCGUGUUGUGACCGAGCUUGUUGACCCGAGGGCCACCAAGGAUCUCUACAAGGGCUUGAAUUUUCCAGCCUCUGACAUUCCCAAGCAGGCGCGAGAGAUGUACAAGGUCAACAAGGUCCGCAUGUUGUACGACCGUGACCAUGAAACUGCUCGUCUGGUCUGCCGCACAAUUGAGGAUCUCGAAAAACCUCUGGACCUCACGUAUUCCUAUCUUCGAGCCAUGUCUCCCAUCCACAUCAAAUACCUCGCCAACAUGGCUGUGAGGUCGUCCAUGUCCAUCUCUAUUAAUGCAUUCGAUGAACUCUGGGGCUUGAUAUCCUGCCAUGCUUAUGGCUCGAGGGGAACCCGCGUCUCGUUUCCCAUUAGGAAAAUGUGCAGGCUCGUCGGCGAGACGGCUUCAAGGAACAUCGAGCGACUCUCCUAUGCUUCUCGUCUCCAGGCUCGCAAGCUUAUCAACACCGUCCCAACAUCGAAGAAUCCAUCCGGCUACAUUAUUGCGUCCUCUGAAGACCUUCUGAAACUGUUCGACGCUGAUUUCGGCAUGCUCUCUAUUCGAGACGAGACCAAAGUGCUUGGUCAAGUCGACGAAACCCAGGAAGCCUUGGCUCUGCUAGAGUAUUUGAGGUUGCGGAAGCUCACGUCUGUCACCGCCACUCAAGAUAUCAAGGAGGAGUUUCCUGAUUUACGUUAUCCACCCGGCUUCCAUCAUAUCGCUGGCCUGUUAGUUGUUCCCCUCUCUGCUGGAGGCAAUGACUUCAUCGUCUUCUUCCGCAGAGGUCAGCUUCGAGAGGUGAAGUGGGCUGGUAAUCCAUAUGAAAAGUUUGUCAAAGAGGGCACUGAAGGUUACCUCGAGCCCAGGAAAAGUUUCAAGACCUGGAGCGAAACAGUCGUUGGCAAAUGCCGCGAUUGGACAGAAGAGGAGAUCGAGACAGCUGCGGUCUUGUGCCUUGUGUACGGAAAAUUCAUCGAGGUCUGGCGUCAAAAGGAGGCUGCGCUCAAAAACAGCCAAUUGACGCGCCUACUCCUAGCCAACUCUGCACAUGAGGUACGCACGCCGCUCAAUGCUAUCAUCAAUUAUCUCGAGAUUGCCCUCGAGGGAAGUCUCGAUGACGAUACUCGGGAAAACUUGUCCAAGUCACACUCUGCGUCAAAGUCAUUGAUCUAUGUCAUAAACGAUCUGCUAGAUUUAACAAAGACCGAAGAGGGUGCCAGUCUUGCGAAGGAAGAGCCUUUCAACCUAUCAGCAACAUUGAAGGAAGCCACGGAUCAGUUCUCUGGUGAUGCGCGCCGGAAGAAACUCAGUUAUGAGCUAAUCGAGUAUCCCGGUUUUCCUACUACCGUCAUCGGAGACCAGAGAAGGGUUCGUCAAGCUAUAUCAAACGUCACAGCCAACGCCAUUCAGAAUACGAAAUCUGGCGGUAUCACUAUUGAGGCAUACGUGCUCUCUCGAGAAGAGAAUCACGUCGAAAUCGAGAUUGCCAUCACCGACACUGGAUGUGGCUUAAGCGCCAAAAGGUUGGACAGUUUGUUCAGAGAACUGGAGCAAGUGCAGAGCGAAGCACACGACAUGCUGGAUGAUGAGCCGGCCUUCAAUGCUAAGCAAGUCGAAUCUGGCUCGGAAGGUAGCCGCACGAUAGGUCUUGGCUUGGCCGUCGUUGCUCGCAUCGUACGCAAUAUGGGUGGACAAUUGAGGCUCAAGUCAGUCGAAAACAAGGGCUCUCGUUUCACCUUGCAACUUCCCUUCGAUGUGCCAGCCAACGAACAACAAAAGACGAUCGCUGGUUCGGCAUCCUCGGGCUCUCAACGCUCUGCACCCCUUUCAGCCAGUAACGAAGGCGAGAUCACACUUGUGGAGCGUGGACAAAGACGCAAUUCGACUGAGCACACGCUUUCUCGUAAGUCUAGCACCGAGAGCUUGCGCAGCAAGCACAGUCUGCCCAGCAUGAAAUCCGGACGUAGUGGAGCAAGUCAAGAAUCCAGUCGCAGUGAGGCGGACAGACUGAUAGACGCCAUACAAUCUCCUAUGGACGGUAAGCGUGGCGCUCUCUCUCGAGGCAGCUCCAGCGGGAUGCAUAGACCGGUGCUGGGUUCACGGCACAGCACAGCGCCAGUACCAAGCAGCACGCGGCCCCGAUCGCUGAGCUACGAAACCAAUUCACAGGAGCUUACUACAGAGGUGAACAGAAACCCACCAGGCAGAACCAGUGUCAUGGAUCAAGGAAGACCCAUCAAAGCGGUUCGUGUUCCUGAGGAGGUCGACGACGUCCCAGCUGCGGCUCAAGAUCAACCAGCGGAAUCAUCGCGUCUCCUUGACGAGCAUCAGCAGGAGCCGCCGGAAACGACAGAUGAAGCGCCUACGGCGGAUCACAUGCGCGUCCUGGUUGCAGAAGACGAUCCGGUCAACAGUAGGAUCAUCAAGAAGAGACUCGAGAAAAUGGGCCACGAGAUAUAUCUUACUUCAAAUGGCGAAGAAUGUUCAAGCAUUCACGGAGACAAAAGUGGCUUCUUUGAUGUCGUCCUGAUGGACAUGCAGAUGCCGAUCGUCGACGGACUGACAGCGACCAAAGUUAUUCGCUCAUUCGAGAAGUCACACCCCACACAUGUACUUUCGACACGGGCAUCGCUCAAUGGUCGAAUUCCGAUAAUUGCUGUUUCUGCUUCAUUACUAGAGAGAGAGCGCCAGAUGUACAUUGACGCUGGUUUUGAUGGUUGGAUCCUCAAGCCCAUCUCUUUCCCGCGACUUCAGGAGAUCAUGACCGGUAUCAUUGACAACAACGUUCGUCAACGGAACGUGUAUGAAUCCGGCGCGUGGGAACGAGGCGGUUGGUUCGAAGAAUUCCAGUCUGACGUCUGGGAAGCUGAGACUAAACCUGAUGACGACAAGAUCGCAAUGUCUGGACCCAGUGACGCUGUUCAGAAAGAGGCCGCUACUGAUGAUCCGCAAGAGAAGGGAGACGACGACGAUGACGACAGCAGACAGACCCAGGAGCAGCACAGAAUCGCCGCUGUACAAGAUCGCGACGGAGGAAUUGAGCCACCCCCAGGGUCACAGGACAAGGCCGACCCAGAUGUGAACGGGGAACUACAUGACUUCUGAGGCGGAUCUGGCACCAUGAUGCACAUAGGCUGCCCUUGCUCCUCCACCUUCAUCCCCUGGAAUGCUUUUUUAUUUUUCCUCACAAGGACACCCGAUAUAGCUCGGACUCUGAGCAUAUCGAGGCGUUGCAGGCGUUUAUGCGAUUAUGGGAGGUUGCAUACUUCCUAGGCCAAUGGGGCCGUCAGUCAACGCAGCACACAUCUUUUGUUUUGGAGGCUCCAUUUUGGAUGUUUCAUUUGCUUUUGGGAAGGAACGAAAUCGAGCGCGGUCCUGUCUUUGCAGCGUGCAUUUGUUUCACCUCCUCUUUUCCUUCGCUAUUCUCCCUUUUCUUCUUUCUGCGCUUUUGUUUCCGACAACUCAUGUGCGGUUUUUUCUCUUGCAGCCCUCAUACUCUCUCACGCAUCUCUACGAGGAACUCCGAAC